AUGGGGGUGGCUCUUGUCUGCUUAAAUCGCGCCAGACUGUCAGCUGAGUACAUCGGAGCAACCUUCUCUCCAUGUGCCUUAUUGACAGGCUUUGACGUUGCAAAGACAGGUGAUGCUCGAAUUGGGUUUGUGGGUUUUCCAUCAGUGGGGAAAUCUACUCUUCUAAGUAAUCUCGCUGGUGUGUACUCUGAAGUGGCAGCAUAUGAAUUCACUACACUCACUACUGUGCCUGGAGUCAUUAGAUACAAAGGAGCAAAGAUACAGCUACUUGAUCUCCCAGGAAUUAUUGAAGGUGCCAAGGAUGGUAAAGGCAGAGGACGGCAAGUCAUUGCAGUUGCUCGAACCUGUAAUCUCAUUCUGAUUGUUCUGGAUGUGCUGAAACCCCUUGGUCACAAGAAAAUCAUCGAGAAUGAGCUGGAGGGAUUUGGAAUUCGUCUGAAUAGUAAGCCCCCCAAUAUUGGCUUUAAAAAAAAGGAUAAAGGAGGCAUUAACCUUACAGCCACAUGUCCUCAGAGUGAGCUGGAUACCGAAACAGUGAAGAGCAUCUUAGCAGAGUAUAAAAUUCACAACGCUGAUGUCACACUGCGCAGUGACGCCACAGCUGAUGACCUAAUCGACGUUGUUGAAGGGAACAGGGUUUACAUCCCGUGCAUUUAUGUCCUAAAUAAAAUUGACCAGAUUUCCAUUGAGGAACUAGAUAUUAUUUACAAAGUACCCCACUGUGUACCAAUAUCUGCUCAUCACCGCUGGAACUUCGAUGAUCUGCUGGAGAAAAUUUGGGACUACUUGAAGCUAGUACGAAUCUACACCAAACCUAAAGGGCAGCUUCCAGACUACACCUCUCCGGUGGUACUACCUUACUGCAAGACCACAGUGGAGGAUUUUUGCAUGAAGAUCCACAAAAAUCUCAUUAAAGACUUUAAAUAUGCACUGGUCUGGGGUUCAUCUGUUAAGCACAACCCUCAAAAAGUUGGUAAAGACCAUACUCUUGAAGAUGAGGAUGUUAUUCAGAUUGUGAAGAAAUAAAGUUGUUCUCACA